AUGGCUUCCAACAAUACUGCAAAGACUCUGAAGGACCUACACGUCCCUUCGCGGCCCCUCAUCAUUCCAAAUGUGUGGGACAUCGCAUCCCUUAACGCACUCAUUUCUCUCAAUACCGAAGAAAACAGGCCCGUGAAGGCCAUUGCUACCGCAUCUUACGCUAUUGCAGCGACCUUGGGAAUCCCGGACGAGCAACUCAGUUACGACCAGAAUCUUGAAGCCAUCGCUAGGCUUGCGCCCGUCGCCGCCAAAGCAGGCCUACCACUUUCCACCGACCUCCAGGAUGGAUACGGUUCCCGUAUUGCCGAGGCUGUGACUGCGGCCAUUAAAGCCGGCGCCGUGGGAGCCAAUAUCGAGGACACUCACCCAGAAACAGGGGUGUUCUAUGGCAUUGAGGAGCAGGUUGGGCGGUUGAAGGUUGCGCUAAAUGCAGCUGCAGAUGCGGGCUGUCCCGACUUUGUCCUCAAUGCGCGGUGCGACGCCUUCUACCCCCCGAGCUCGGCUUACCUCCCGCAAGAUUCUCUCAUGGAUGAAGCCGUUGCUCGUGGACAAGCCUACCUUGAGGCCGGCGCCACCACUGUGUUUUUCUGGGGCGGCUCAGGGCGUGGUCUGAGAGAUGCAGAAGUAUCAACCCUCGUGGAGAAACUUGGUGGUAGGGUCGCGGUGAAGGCGUCGAUGAAACCAGACGCGUUGUCCACAGCUGGGUUGGCGGAGAAGGGAGUCGCGAGGAUCAGCGUAGGACCAAGCCUUCAUGCUAUUGCCAUGCAGGCUGUGAAAAAGGCUGCAUCAGAGCUUCUGGCAGGAGGGAAGCUAACCUAG